CCCCAGCUGCCGAACAGCAUUGGCGCCGUGCCCCUAAUACAACGCGCUGAGCCCCAGGAGCACCCGUCGAACGAGCAUGCACCCUCUCAGCCCAGGGGACGACGUCAAGCGUGCUCUCUUCGGGGCUGGCUGCGCUUACCUGCUGCUCGGCGCUUGCCUGCUGCUCAGCGUGCUGGCGCAGGGGCUGCUGCAGCGCAUGGUGGUGCCGCUGAGACAGGCUCGAGGACCUUUCGAGACUGACUGGAAAGACGAGGGCAUUAACUCCGAUGCGCAGCAGGCGGCGCCGGAGUUUCAGAGGACAAAACUGUCCAUGAUCAAGUCGCUGCUGCCCAUCGCCCAUCUCGCCAGCAUGAUCUGCGUCUCAGCCAUGUGGCGGGGGGGCACGCUGCCUACGUCGUUUCUUCAGAACUGCAGCGCACUCGCAAACGCCACAAUUUGGAUGGUCACCUGGAAAUUUCCGUCCGCACUCACACCAGGCUCUGCCAACUGGAUAUACUCGGCGAUGAUGGCUAUCCUGAGCGCCACGGUGUGGCCAAUCGCCGUUUCUGCGGACGCAGUCAUGAUGUACGCCGGUGCCACCUGGGUCGUCGCUCUUGGUUUGAGCAUGGCGUUCUUGAACCCAUGGCUGAAUGCGGUCUGGAUCUUCGUCAUCAACGCGAUAUGUUGUCUCUCUUUGGUUGUUGGUCAGCGGGGUAGUGGCCAGUGUGCCAGCGCAGAUCCUCUUAUAGAGUCGCUGCAACUCUCAACAAUCUCCGUGGUCACUGUGCUGUGCAUUUUUGUUUUCGAUCGCUUGUUGUACCAACUCUAACGCGGCUGGAGCUGGAGGCGCAGUCCUCGCGCAACGAGCUAGCCGCUACCCAGUCCGUGCUGCGGAGCAUCUGCGACGUGGUUGUGGUGGUGGAUCACGCGCUACAGCUCAGGCAAGACUCGCCAGGGUUGCGCAGCACGCUUCUUCUUAACCAGCGCCAGUCCGCGCGGCAGGAGGACAUGCGCAGCUUCCUGGCGUCUGCCGAGGAUCGUGCCCAGUUCGACAAGCAGACGGCGGCAGCCGCGGCCGCGGGGCAGCCCGUCGGCAGACCGCCUCGUCUGAGCGCUGCGUUCCAUGUGUCAGUGAAGGAUAGAGAGCCAGCAGUUCCAUCUCGUGGGCAUCCGCGAGCAGCAGGCCGGGGAACGCGCGGCGGAGCUCCUGAGGUAGGAGGGCAAGGCGGGACCACUCUUGACGAACGGCCUGCCCUGUGACGAGGGAGACGAGCGAGUCCGCUCGUCCUCGCCCUUGUCUUCUGGCAGCUCGCCCGCUAGGAACCUCGAGGACGCCAACGUCAGUGCCUGCGUGGAUACGUUGAGUCCAGCAUGGAAGAUCGAUAGUGUCACCGGCGCGUUCCAGACGCACAUGAGGCUCUCCGAGGAGGACGACGGCUUCCUCACGCUGGUGAAAAUCAGCCAGAGAAAACGGCUCAUCUCCUUCGUCCACUGUGCGUACUUCCAGCACGAGGAUAGGAUCGCUCCGGCCACGGCCACCUUGGGGGACCCCAUCUUGCUGCGCUCGGCGUACAUGCGCCGCCUGAACCUCUGCCUCUGCGCGUCCUUGGAGCUGGACUGGUGCCCCUCCCCUUGCCCACUGUCGCAGGGCAAGAAGAUACUUGUUCGCAUGACCCUUGUCGAGAUCAGCUGGGUCAGCAGCCGUCGGUAUGGGCCCCGCGCGGUGGGCGAUGGGCACCCGGACGCCACACCCCGCUUUCUUAAGGUCUCUGCUGCUGUCCCAUCCAUCCCGCGUAAUCUAGAGGUUACGGUGUAGGGCCUUGCGGUCUAUGGUCUAGGACACAGAGCGCAGGACAUGGAGUCUGUUGAAUAAGACGAUGGGCAGUGCGGCCCCCGUCCAGGAUCUUCAGGGUGGGCAAGGAGCGGCAGAGGAGCACGGGGUCGAGGACGGGGGCCGGAGAAUGGAGACACGACGACCGUUGGCGGGCUUGUUGGCUCGUUGCGUUCCCGCUGUCCGCCCCCUUGCGCGCCUCGCACUUGUCGCUGACACGAGGCAGGCGCCCUUCUCGAGGCUCGAAGACGUACUGAGUACUGUUUCGCUACCGUGGAGCGGGGGCGCUCCUAAGUAUCAGCUCCGUCGGAGUCUGCGCUCGCUCGUCGCAACCUAUCCAGUCGCCUACGGCGAAUGCACCACCCUGCACACCGUUCCUUGUGCCGCAGGCCAUACAUGCGAGUCAAACUUGCUCGCACACGAGUUGCGCCCAUGUUUGUUGUAGUUGAUUUGGCCACCAACCCGACAAAGAGCAUUGUUUCUUUGGUCGCAAUUGUGGGAAACAGGUUCUGGUACCUUCUUGGAAAUAUCGUGUUAUGUUGCUCCCAACUGUUCGCGCACGCGUCGAUUUGCCUACGGACGUUACGAUCUAGGUUCCCGUGCAUGCUCGGUCACAUCGGCUUGUCACGGCACCACUGCAUGGGGCCCGUCUAGCGCAGCCGAGUUCGAGCCAUUCUUCGAGAGCGUUUUUGCCCCAUGAGACGUCGCCAAUGUAAGCAGCUUGGGCGCUGUCUUCGCAUCGACGCUGCCCUACCCGGCAUGCUGUCUCGAAAGCGAGUGUUCGCAUUCGGGACAAUUGUUUUCAGGCGUCCGGGAUGUGGUGUGUGUGUGUGUGUUUGUUUGUGUGUGUGUGUGUGUGUGUCUGAAGGGGUGCUCUGCACCAGGAUCCACUUCACCACAAAGCUUGCACAAAUUGCCUUUCACUUCCACAGUGCACGACUUUCUGUUCGGUGUCCACGCCGAAUCACGACGUGUCCAAUUAGCGUUUCGCUUGGUUAUGUUUCCCACGAGGCAGCGUCGGUUGUGGUGUAAUCCGCACGGCGUAGCUGCACACCGUUCCCUGUGCCGCAGGCCGUACAUGCGAGCCAAAUUUGCUCGCACACGAGUCGCGACCAUGUUUGGUAGUUGAUUUGGCCACCAACCCGACAAAGAGCACUCUUUCUUUGGUCGCAAUUGUGGGAAACAGGUUCUGGUAUCUUCUUGGAAAUAUCGUGUUAUGUUGCUCCCAACUGUUCGCGCACGCGUCGACUUGCCUACGGACGCGACGAUCUAGGUUCCCGUGCAUGCUCGGUCACAUCGGUUUGUCACGGCACCACUGCAUGGGGCCCGUCUAGCGCAGCCGAGUUCGAGCCAUUCUUCGAGAGCGUUUUUGACCCAUGAGACGUCGCCAAUGUAAGCAGCUUGGGCGCUGUCUUCGCAUCGACGCUGCCCUACUCGGCAUGCUGUCUCGAAAGCGAGUGUUCGCAUUCGGGACAAUUGUUUUCAGGCGUCCGGGAUGCGGUGUGUGUGUGUGUGUGUGUGUGAAGGGGUGCUCUGCACCAGGAUCCACUUCACCACAAAGCUUGCGCAAAUUGCCUUGCACUUCCACAGUGCACGACUUUCUGUUCGGUGUCCACGCCGAACGCCGAAUCACGACGUGUCCAAGUAGCGUUUCGUUUGGUUAUGUUUCCCACGAGGCAGCGUCGGUUGUGGUGUAAUCCGCACGGCGUAGCUGCUCACCGUUCCCUGUGCCGCAGGCCGUGCAUGCGAGUCAAAUUUGCUCGCACACCACGACUCGCGCCCGUGUUUGGUAGUUGAUUUCGCCACCAACCCUACCAGGAGCAUGGCCUCUUUGAUGGCAACUGUAGGAAGCAUUCUAUCCUUGGAGGAGAAA